GACGAAGCGGUUGUGUUGCGCGUUAAAUCAAGAAUAAAACUCGUAUGCGAAGGCGUUUCGGCGUGUGUUUUUAAAUCGUUUUCAACAGAAAUAGCUGCGGUGAACAUAGCAAAUGUUAAAAGUAUAGUGACUGAGCAUAUAUAUGAAACAAAUAAAUAUUGUUAAAAAUUUAUAAAAGUAGUGCGGUGGCGCUAAAAUGACCACAUAGCAAUUUUAUAAAAAAAUACGGUGUGUAACGAUUAAAAGUUGGUUAAAUGAACUUUUCAAUUGUUCAAACAGACUAGGAAUUUCCGUUGACUAAAUAAAACGCAAAGAACAACAAUAAAAACGCAAAAGCAAAGAGAGAAAAAAAAAAACAAUUUCAAAAGCAAACGCAACCUGUAGCUGUAGCUCUGGCCUCAGGCACAGCUGGCGCUUUGUACGUUUUUUUUUUGACUUGGAAACGGAAUUGAAAAAUUUGGGUCUCUUUGUGUGUUUUCGCAACACGGAAGCAACAAAUGCUAAUGCCUUAAAGCAGCGCAAAAAAAAACACAAAUAACAUAAUAUCAAAAGCUAUAUAAGUUACAACAUAAUAAUAAUAACAAGCAGUCGUGUUAACAACACAGCAAAUCUUUAAAGAGAAAAUGUGGUGCAUAGUAAACCUGCCAAACGGCAGUCACCAGGCUGUCAAAUUGGAUCCCAAAGCCAUCGGACAUGAAUGCCUUGAAAAGGUCUGCAAGGCUUUGGGCAUUGUCUGCGAAAUGGAAUACUUUGGCCUGGAGCCCUGGACGCCCAAUCAGAAGGAGUCGCGCAGUCGUCAGUGGUACAAUCUGCGGAAUCGUUUGCAUGGCGACAGCGGCAGCAGUGGCAGCAUUCAGCUGAUGCUGGCGCUGCGCGUGAAAUUCUGGGUGCCAGCCCAUACGAUUCUGCAGCAGAGUGUGCGCGAUUUGUUCUACACGCAGGCGAGGCAGGAUCUGUUGGAGGCGCGUCUCUAUCCGCUCGAUUGGAGCAAUGCCGCCAAGCUGGGUGCGCUGCUUUGCCAGGCGGACGGCAUACGCUUCAAUGAGCAGUCGCUGCAUGCCAAGUGUCCCAUACGCAUGCGUCAGGAGCUGGCGCAGCAGCAGCUGGCGCAACAGCAGCAGGUGAAGCAGCAGCAAAUACGCAAGGAGAAGGAGCAUGUGCUCAGCUUCAAGAAGCGUCGCCUGAGCAAGCAAAAGUCGCUCGAUCACAUUGAAUGCUGCACACUGUCGGCACCAGCAACAGCAACAGCAACUGUUGCCAGCACCAGCAGCAACAACAGCAGCAACAUCAAUCUACAGGCCUCCACAUCCGCGUCGACUUCAAGCACACCCAGCAACAGCAGCAGCAGUCACUCCAGCCUGGAUGAGCGUCUCAUUAGCACCCCACUGCGCAACUAUGUGCAGUAUCUGCUGCUGCCCAGCGGCGCCAGCGAGCCACCAGAGGAUUUCCUGCGUCAAAUUGCCCUGGAGCACAGCAAACUGGCCAAGCUGCCCAUGAGUCCCAAGUCGGCCAAGUACUGGCUGCUGCAAGCGAUACAAGAGCUCGCCGGCUAUGGCGAGGAGCUCUUCAGCGGCGUUGCUACCAAUGAGAGCGCCACGCGCUGUGAAAUUGCAGUUGGCGCUCAUGGCAUUACCGUUAGCCGCGGAGAUGACAAAGAAAGCAUCUCGUUUAGCGCCAUUACGGCUGCCAAGUCGCUGAAGCGCACCUUCAAGCUGGAGUAUCUGGAUGAUCACAACGACCGCAAGGAGCUGGAGAUUAAGCUGCCCAAGCAGCCCAUUGCCGCCGGGCUCUAUCGCUCCAUUACAGAGCGCCACGCCUUCUAUGUGUGCGACAAGGUGCGCUGCGUGGUCACCAAUCAGUUUACGCGCGAUCUCAAGGGCACCAUUGCGUCCAUGUUUACGGAUACGGAGCUGGGCAAGCGCUAUGUAUUCGAUAUACAGCACACGUGCCGCGAGGUGCACGAUCAGGCGCGUCGCAAGCUGCUGGAGCGUGGCGGAGAUGUGGCCGUGCCUGCUCUGGCGGGCGACACUGACGCCAGCAGCGGUGGCUGCUGCGAGUCUGGCUUAGAUAUUGUUGCUGGCGUUGGCGAUGCCGGUUCCAUGGCCGGCAAGAUAGAUUUGGCCAUACGCGAAAAGGAGGAGCGUGAGGCGGCGAUUGAGCGCUGCGUGGACACGCGCAUAUCCGAAGCAAUGCAGUGCAAGAUUUGCAUGGAUCGCGAGAUCAACACAGUGUUCAAUCCAUGCUGUCACGUCAUCGCAUGUGCGCAAUGUGCAGCCAGGUGCAGCAAUUGCCCAAACUGCCGCGUCAAGAUCACCAGCGUAGUCAAAAUCUAUCUGCCAUCCGAACUGCGCACCAGCCAACCCGCUGUCAGCAGCAGCAGCAGCCACUGCAGCAGCAGCAGUGUCGCCCCAGCGGAUCAGCAGCAGCAGCAGCAGCAGCAACUUGAGCAGCUUGAGGAUGCCAGUCCAAGCUCGAGUGCCGGCUUAGCUGCUGCCGCCGCCGCUGUGGCGCCGAAUGUGGGAGAGCCAAAGGUAACGGCGGCCGCCUAGAAUUGGUUGUGCUCGCUGCUAUUCCGGCUGAUGGAAUGGGUGUGCGUGCCUAUCGUGUGAUCGUGACCUUAUGUUGCUGCUAUGACAAAAUGACCAUAAUAAUUUCGAGGGAACAAACCAAAAAUGAUAAAAACCACAAAUCAAAAAAACUACACUAAAUCAAAAAAUUGAGUUUUCAACUCACACACACACACACACACACACACACACACAUAGAACACAUAGCUCGUAUACUCGUAUCUUUACUCAAGUAUUUUAUGCAUAUACAACACGACUAUAAAGUGCUAUUUAACCCUAUCUAAGACUUUGCUGUUUAGUCGGUUUAGAACAUAGUAAGCCUAUCUAUAUAUACCUACUAAUGCAUAUAUAUAUAUAUAUAUAAAACAUAGCGUAAUCUACAUAUAUAUUUACUAACCAUGAAUGUACAAUACGUAGCAUGUAUAAGUCGAGCUGUUACAUCAGUUACUUACUAUAUAUAUACUGUUAGAAUCUAAAGUCUCUUUUUACAAAACGACACGAAACGCAAGAUGUAUUUAUUAAUAUGUAUUUAAUGCCCAUAAACUCUUUAGUAUUUAUUAACACUAACUUACCUGAGCGCCGUAUCCAGCCCCGCGAAAUUCUCAUAUGGCAUAUACUUACAUAUUUCGAUGUGUUAUUGUUGUACAUAUACAUAUAUCCAUAUAUUACGUAGUGACCUAGGACAAGCGUACAAUAAUCGCAAGUUUAAGGAGCAAACAUAGUACUAAGUACCUGCAAACUUCAAGCUGCUUGAAUCGCCCAGUGCGAUUCUCAGUGGCCUACAUACAAACAUAAACAUAAAUAUACAUACAUAGAUUGAAAGAUAUAUAUAUAUAUAUAUAC